GACAUGACGUUUUUUUGUCAUACAUAUUGUUUUGUUAUUUUAUUGACAUGAGCUGUGUACAGUUUAUCAAGAUAUUAUUUAGUGAUUUGAGAUAACGUUGAGUUCAUCUUCAGAAUGAAGAUAGCAUUGAUAUUAUUCAUAUGUUUUAAAUUAGUUAAUUCAAAUAUCAUUCAAAGAAAGUACCCAGAAGAUCCGUCUUUUUACGACACUUUUGAAACUGAGGCACCGCCGUAUCAGAAUCAAAACUUUUCAGGAUAUAUUCACCAUAAGGAGGUAAAGAAAACAAAGGAGAAUGCCAGAUUUAAAUUAUAUGAUUUGAAUCUUCCCUACUGCCAGAGACCUGCGAAAUGCCAAACAUUGAACUACACCACUUGCAUGGGGGCCAAACUUCCAUAUCAUCGUACAACUUUGGAUUUAACAAACCUAAAAAGUCAAGAGAAAGUUCAAGAAAAACUACAGCUGUAUAAGUACUUGCGAUUUAUUCCUAAAUGUUGGGCUGUUAUACAGCCUUUUUUAUGUUCACUUUAUAUGCCUAAGUGUGAAAAUGAUAAGGUAGAUUUGCCUUCAUAUGAAAUGUGUAAAAUAACUUUAGAGCCUUGUAAGAUAUUAUAUAAUAACUCGGUUUUUCCUGAGUUUUUAAACUGUGAGGAUGAACGCUUGUUUCCUACACAAUGUAAAAAUGAUAUACAUGAAGUAAAAUUCAACACAACUGGCUUUUGUAUGGAUCCCUUAGUGAAGACAGACAAACAGGAAUGGUGGUACCCUAAUAUAGAGGGCUGUGGUUUAAAAUGUAAGGAUUCACUGUACACAGAACAUGAACAUUAUCAAAUACACAAAUUAAUAGCUUAUUGUGCCUUGCUAAGCCUCCUUUGUAAUAUUUUUACAAUUACAACUUUUGUCAUAGAUUGGACAACUGCCAACAAAUACCCUGCUCUAGCCAUAUUUUAUGUGAAUGUCUGCUUCUGCAUUUCCUAUGGGGGUUGGCUAGUUCAGUUUUUAGGGAGUGAAACUAGGGAAGAUAUUAUUUGCAAGAAAGAAGGAACAUUGAGGAAAUCUGAACCCAGUGCCACUGAAAAUUUGUCUUGUGUAGUUGUUUUUGUCAUGGUUUACUAUUUUAUGAUAGCUGGAUUGGUGUGGUUUGUGAUUUUUGGCUAUUCAUGGCAUAUGAAUUCACUCCAAGCUUUAGGUAAAAUACAGGAUAGAGUAGACAGAAAAAGAGCCUAUUUCCAUCUAGUAGCAUGGAGUUUCCCUUUGAUCCUGACUAUAACCACCAUGGCCAUAGGGGAAAUUGACGGUGACUAUGUUACCGGUAUCUGUUUUGUAGGAUUUUUAAACAAAGCGGCUAGAGCUGGAUUAUUACUGAUGCCAUUAGCAGCUACAAUGGUUGCAUCUGGGUAUAUUAUAGGAAAAGGACUCCUUCUUUUGAUCAAAGUCAAAAUAGAGAGCAGAGAAAUUAUAUCUGAACAUUCUAGUAGGAAAAUUAGAUCAAAUAUUGUGAGAAUGGGAGUAUUUACUAUAUUUAUGAUUGUCUUUUGUGUGAUAACAUUCGGAUAUCACCACUACCUCUUUGAAAAUUCAAAGCAGUGGCAUGAGAGUCUACAGAAUUACAUUUUAUGUAAACUGACAAGCUUGAGUUCUGAUUCUACACACUGUAAACAAGAUACGAGGCCCAGUGUUGCCAUGUUGCAACUGCAGCUGUUGGCAGUCUUUGGAUCUGGUAUAGCUAUGGGUUCCUGGGUUUGGUGUGAUGCUACUCUACAUUCUUGGGGAAGAUAUAUUCGAAGAAAAUUUCAUUGUGAAAUAGAAGAACCUAUGAAGCUCCAAAAGCACAAGAUCAUAGCUCAGGCCUUUGCCAAACGAAAAAAGUUCAACGCUGGAGGUCAAAUCUCCAUACUUUGUCAGAAUCAUACAGAUCCUGUUGGUCUUCAAUUCGAGUUGAAUAGCGCUGCUAGCAACGAACUAAGUACAACAUGGGCGGCGAAUUUGCCGCGAUUGGUCAACAGAAGAGGAGCAGUGCCCAAUGAAGUGACCUAUUCCGUGUCAAGCAAUAAUCAUUCGUUGGAUAGCGAGGUCAGUUUGAACUUCAGACAUGUUAGUAUCGAAAGCAGGAGGAAUUCUGGAGAUAGCCAGGUUUCGGUGCAGAUAGCUGAACUUAAGGCCACCAGAAAGACGAACUCCAGAAGACACAGAAGCAGGCACAAAUCCAGCCGACAUUUCAGAAGCCACUCUAGGAAUAUCGGAACUUCUAGAAGACUAUCCAAAUCUGGAACCAAACGGGAGAGUAGCACUAGUUUAGAUUCUCACCUUCAAAUCAUUAACGCCUUAACAACCACUGCAGAUGUCAAAAGCUUUAGGCCGAAUCUGAAUAGACGCACCGGUAAUGCUGGAUUGGAUGACUCUCAUAUCAAUAAUCUCUUGUCAAAUGGGAAGCUUAGAAUACCUUGUCACAUAAAUAACUGCAGGAGCGGCAGCGAAGACGAAAAUGUUUCAGUGACCAUAUCAGAAAGCACCUUUAACAUGAAACUCAGUAAUGUUAAUAACCUAGACCUCAACGAUGAACUGGCCCUGAAAUCACUUCGCGAAGGUAUACAUAUCGAAGAAAUAAACACAUCUAGUGAUACAGACGAAUGUCAUAAGUACAACAAGGACUUCGAGCAGGAGAAAAGGUCCAGAAAAGGAUCUGGAAGGGAUUCACAUUCAAGCAGAAGGUCAAGGAGGUCUAAGACAAUAAGAAAAAAGUAUUCAGAAGACUCAGACAGUUGCCACAUGAAGAGCGACAGUUCCUCUUAUCCAGAAAUCAAACAGCUCGUCCAGAGCUCCUUGAACUCUGGAAAUUCCGUCUGCAAUGACAAAAAUCGAGGCUCUAGACAGUCCAAAACAUCCAUCGACGUUGCUGUUCAAGCCAACGCUCAAGACCUGGACUACGAACUAAAAAACCUGAAAAAGACUGAAGACGAAAAACACAAAAGUAAACAGACUAAAACUAGAGAAAAUAGGUACAAGAAAGCUAGAAGAAGCUCCGAAAUUGAACUUAGUAAAAAGAACAACAGAUCAAAGGAGAUAUACAAAAAAUACGGCAGCUCCGAAGAAAGAAAAUCGUUGAGAAGUGAUUCCGACGAAGAAAAUUUGCUGGAAAGUAGUUCCAAAAUUAAUAUUAAGAGAAUGCAAAUAGUAUAAAUAUGGGUUUUGUAAACACGUUUUAAAUAUUUGUAAACUAAUGUUUAUUAAGAGAUUUUUGAAAAAUUUUCGCUUUUACUGGAAAAGCAAUCUACAGUGAUUCUCCUUCUCUAUAUUCUCCGUUUUCUACAGUUUCCUGUAUCUGUUUUUAGAUACGACUUUUUUGGCUCUCAUAUUGAAGAGAGUAGCUGUAAAUAAUACAUUCGAAUGUGGAAAAUAUUAGAUUUAAUUAAAUUUGAACUGAUAUUACUAGCUGUGAUCUUAAAAACACGACAAUUGGGUACAUUUUAUUGCGCACGGAGCUCAGCUUCUUAUUCACCUGAGUAAAACACAUAAAACAAAAAAUCGAAAUUUUUGAAUAAGCUACUAAGUAAACAGAUCCAAACAAUAGACUGAAAAAUGCUUGAUGUAAAAACCGAAAUGUAAAAAAGAGAUCCUGAAAUUGAACGCAGAAACCCAUAAAUGAAUAUGUAUGCAUCAACACUCAAAUGAAGAGGAAAAUCAAAGAAAACUCAUAUAAAAAUUGAACUAUCACAGAACAAAUAUUAUAAUAUAUUUAAUGUAUACAGGAAAUACCGAAAAAUUUCAAAAAAAUAAUGAUGAAACUAUUAUCGUAAUAAUGACGAUAAAAUAAUUAAAACUAUAAGGAGAAAUAAUUGUAAACACUGAAUUUUAUAUAGAAUAACUUUCCGCAAAUCAAAAAAAUGAAAAAUUUUCCCUCAUAGAUUUGCUUAUGGACAUUUGGUAAUGGAUAUGCGCUAGGAGAAGAACAAGAAAGCAAUAUUUAGACGACAAACUAUGGAAUAACAAUUGAUCUCUUGUUGAUCAUGUUUGUGUUAAAUUCUGUGAGUAUUCCAAAAGGUGAUAGCUUACACAAUUGUCAAAUUUGUGUUUACACAUUAAUCAAAAUAUAUUUAAUUAAAAAUUCAAAACGUUUUUUGACUUGCCAGUCAAUCUUCAGUGAACAAACACUGGUUGAGUUUAAAUUGAUAAAACCACAUUUACAGGUUAAAUUGUAUGGCAGAAUGCCGAUGCUAUUAGAUUGCCAACCGGUAAUGUAAGUCUCUACUUGAAUGAGUUUUACUACAUGUACAAGUCCGAAAACGUUUUUAACGUAAUCCUUUUUGAUUUUUAAAAUUCAAUUUUCAAUUAAAUGUGCCUAUUACAACAGAAGUGUUUUACUUCAAUGUUAGAGUAUUUUAACUAUGGUAUACAGCCAACUCCAGGGAAUUAUCCCCUUUUUAACUUUAAGAUUAAUAAAAAUGGAUGAAUUUGUAAAUUUUUAGUGUAAUUAAAGUUUUACAUAUUUUUCAUAUCAUUUUCAUUUUAUAAAAAAUGUUUUGAUAUUACUUUUUGUAAGUUUUUGUACUUCCAACUUUUGUAAUAUACAUUUUUGUAUUGUAG